AUGGGGCCUAAGAGAGUGAGUGAAAUCACCCAACAACAUAACCAAAUUGAUGUGUGUCCAGUUCUUAUAGAAGAAGAAGAGGGCACAAAUAAAUGCACUGAAGUGGGGGAGAAUAAUGAGAAAAAUACUAGUGAGGAUGGUCCAGGUGUGGGUAAGAAGGGUCUUAAACCUUUCACCAGAAAACCUAGAAAAGGGGUGGCUAUGAUGAACGAUAAUAUGAACUUAGACACUCCUGUAGAAGUCCAUGUCUCCAUUGGUGCUAUCUACUUCCCUGAUGCUAAGGUAAAAUUGGGAGGAUUGGCUAUCAACAAUGGCUCUAUACACAAGCAAUGGUGGAAUGAACAGUGUACAACAGCAAGUAGGGAGGGAGCACUUUUAUCAGGUAUUAGAUGGAGCUUGGAGCAGGGGAUGCACUUGGGAAGGACUCAAAUCACAUGCAAAGUUCCUGAUAAAAUGGUAGCUGACAGAUUAACUAAAGGUUCAAGUUUUCCUUCUGAUGUUGCUGUCAUUGUGAAUGACAUUUUGUAUUUAGUUAGGCAAUUUGUAUCUUGUACUUCUGUUGCUGAUAUUAAUGCUUGUAAUCUAGUUUGGAGUGAGGCCAAUGUGGUCGAUGAGGAGACAUUACUUAUGUGA